AUGUUUGGCGACCGAAGCAUCCUAUUUGCGCUCUUUGCGCUGCUGUAUUUGGUUUUACAGGUCACUUCAAAGUUUGAAUUUACCAACGUUAAGUGCACAUCUCUGGAUGAAAAGUUCAAUGAGUUUGAAUAUUGCUAUAUCAAGUCGGUUAAUCGGAUCUACAAAUACUUAUCGCUAAAAGUUAAGUUAUUUAAAACGCCGAUUACCAAAGUCAGGCUAAAUCUUGCCCUUUAUAAGCGAUAUAACGGCUACAGACCCUUCAUGUACAAUUUAACCAUAGAUGCGUGCAGAAUAUUGAAAGUUCCAGCAUCACAUCCUCUUGCUAAUUACUUUUAUAGUUUUUUACAAAACUUUUCAAAUAUGAAUCAUACGUGUCCCUUUAACCAUGAUCUCAUCGUGGAUAAACUCAACAUAGACUUUGUCAACAACCAGGCUACAAAGGUAUUACCCUUCCCAGAGGGCGAUUAUAUGCUGGAAUCUCAGUGGAUUGCCUAUGACAUCAAUCGGGCAGUAGUGAAAAUAUAUGGUACCUUAUCUUAA